GACGCGAAUUCAUUGUGGUAGUUUUAUUGCAUAGGAACCAUGUUUUACAAAGGAAAAGUUGGGGGUGCCACGGAGCAAUUUACUAGACAGCAUUUAACGAAAGGAAAUAAAGUUGCAACUGACAGGUGGCCUGCUGUCCUGGGCGGGGCCAGCCUCAUAGCACUUACUAAACACGCCUGUCACCCGUUGUUCCCCGCCCCCUUACAUCCACACCACCAAUUCCUGGCCCCGCCCACUGUCAAUUUAGCCAACGCCGAGCCUAGGCCAGGAGAGGCUCCGCCCCACGACGCGGUGAGGUCGCCUCCUAGCGGCCACAGCAAGGACUCCGCAAGCUGCGGCCCUCGGCUGACCCUCGGGUCGCUGGGGUCAUGGGCACCUCCGAGACCGCACCGCCGCCGUUCGCGCGCAUCGCCCCCGCGCUCUUCAUCGGGAACGCGCGAGCCGCGGGCGCGACGGAGCUGCUGGUGCGCGCGGGCAUCACUCUGUGCGUCAACGUCUCCCGCCAGCAGCCCGGACCGCGCGCGCCCGGAGUGGCCGAGCUGCGCGUGCCCGUGUUCGACGACCCGGCGGAAGACCUGCUGACGCACCUGGAGCCCACCUGUGCCGCCAUGGAGGCCGCGGUGCGCGACGGCGGCGCCUGCCUCGUGUACUGCAAGAACGGCCGCAGCCGCUCGGCCGCCGUCUGCACCGCCUAUCUCAUGCGCCACCGCGGCCACAGCCUGGAGCGCGCCUUCCAGAUGGUGAAGUGCGCUCGCCCGGUAGCCGAACCCAAUAUGGGUUUCUGGGCUCAGCUGCAGAAGUUUGAACAGAACCUCCAGGCCCAGGCCCUUCUGCCCCGGGAACCCGCUGAUCCCGACCUCGCGUCUUCCCGAGCCGCUCUGCACCACCUGGCCACGGUACAAACCAACCGGAGGACUCACGAGGGAAUCGCGUCAGCGGAACCACAAGAAUCAUUCCCGAAGUAAGAGGACCGACUGCCAAGGUGCCGCCGGCGUCCCUGGGAAAGCGACGGUCCCGCCUCCAAGGCUGUCCUCCGAGCCGUAACCAGCGAGCGCAGAGCGCAAGCUGAGGACGCGCAGCCGCCCCGGGUGU